ACCUCUUAUCUCCAAGUGUCUCAUUAAAAUGGGAAUCCCUACUAAACCCACAGCUGCUGCCUAAACCUCAUUCCUUCGCGCUGACCAACCUCGCAUUCCUUGGUGGUCGUCGUGCCGCGGCACAAAGUCGCGUAAAUACCGUACGCGCGUAAGGCCAUGCAUGGUCGCAAUUCACGAUCCAUACGCGUGGGCACGGGGUUUGGCGACCAAUUAAUUAUCCACGCCAUUGCGAUUGUGAUUGUAGGAAUGCAUGUAUGUAUGCAGGAAGGUUUCAAGGGAGGAGGAAUGCUGACAUGACUCCCUCGGCGAGGAGAUGGUGUGGGGAGGGAGAGUCAGGGUGUGAGGAAAACGGUAUAAGAUGAGAGGAAAUGGCGAUAUGUGUGGAUACAAUUCUGAUAACAAUGGCUUCCCAAACGUCCAUGUCUGCUUUCGAGGAGUGGUUUGAGAAAGCCGCAUCGCCAGGUCCUGAGCGUGAGAUCCCGAGUUCUGUUGUCAUUGUUGUUGAUCAAGAUGGAAUCAUCUACACUAAAUCCGUGGGCACUCAAUCCGAAAGUCCCACCUCCCCUCUCGUCUCCAGACCCAUCUCCUCAGACACCGUCAUGUGGGUAGCGUCCUGCACUAAGCUCCUCACCUCCAUCUCCCUCCUGCAGCUCAUAGAGUGCGGACUCCUCUCCCUUGACGCUCCCGUUGCCUCUCUCCUCCCCGAGUUAUCCGACCCCUCCGUCUUCACCGGCUUCAACGCCGCCAGUGCCCUGGAGUUCACUAAGCCAGAAAAGGAGAUCACCGUGAGGAUGAUGAUGUCCCACCAGAGCGGCGUGGGGUAUGACAUCGUGCACCCUUACAUCACAAAGCUACGCAAUCUCAAAUCCGCAGCUGGCGAGGUCGUCCCUGAUAACCUCUCUUGGGAAUCUCAAAUCCAACCCCUAAUGGCGCAGCCAGGCACCUCCUGGAUCUACGGCGCGAACUUCGAGUUACUCUCACGCCUUGUCGAGCGCAUCAGCGGCGCUCCCUCGCUCGGCGCGUACAUGAAGGAACACAUCUUUGGUCCCCUCGGCAUCACCCAGGCGACCUUCCACCUCGCCUCCAGCCCAGACAUGCAGGAUCAGAUUAUGGACAUGUCAACGCGCGACGUAGACGGAAAGGUAGUACCGUCGGCUCUUGAAAAUUGGUGGAAAGACCGCACCUUCGACUCCGGGGGCGCAGGGUUGUACAUCACGCCCGGCGAGUACGCCAAGGUGCUCUGCGCGAUCCUGCGGAACGACGGCGCGCUCCUCAAGCCGGCGACGAUGGAAUUACUCUUCGAGCCGCAACUGGGUCCGGAAGUGCAACAGACCUUUGAAAGCACGCUCUAUGAUAACGGCGGGGCACCUGUUUUUUCGUCCGGUUUGCCGCGUGGCGCGAGGACCACGCAAGCGUUAGGGGGGACAGUGUGUAGGGAAGAUGUGUAUGGUGGUGUGAAUGGCGGAGAGGGGAAGCGCAGGAAUAAGGGGAGCUUGAACUGGGGCGGCUUGCCGAAUAUGCUUUGGAUGGUGGAUAGGGAGAAAGGGGUGGGGAUGGUGUGGGGUACGCAACUUAUGCCGACUGGAGAUGUGCGAGUGCUAGAUGGGUGGAGAAGGGUGGAGGAGGCGCUGUAUGCGUCUAACCUAAGAGAGGCACGAGAGGGAUAGGGGUAAAUUAUGUAGUAGUUUAGAUAGUAUUUCUUAUUUGAAAGUCACAG